UGGGGGUCGCUGGUCAACCCCACCGGGGUGGCGGCCUGCAGGAGGUCGGGGCGUCUGGUGGUGGCACACGAUGGCAAGAAGAGGAUCCACGUCUUUGGGCCCAAUGGAUCCUGCCUGCAGCGGUUCGGGGAGCGGGGGGACGCGGGCAACGAUAUCAAGUACCCGCUUGAUGUGACAGUCACGUCGGACGGGCACGUGGUGGUUACUGAUGGCGGGGACCGCUCUGUGAAGGCCUUUGAUUUUGAGGGAAGGGGGGUCCUGGCUGUCCGGGAAAGCUUCUGUUUGCCCUGGGGCUUGGAUGCCACCCCGGAGAGUGAAGUAAUCCUGACUGACUCGGAGGCAGGUGCUCUCUACCGCUUGACGGCCGACUUCAAGAAGGGGAAAUUAAAGAAGUGUCAGAUGAUCCGAUCUCAGCUCAUCAGCCCAAGAGGGGUUGCAGUCUCCCAGACCUCGGGUGCUAUCGUGGUAAUAGAGCACCUGAAAGCUCAAGGACCGAACAACAGCAGCACCCGAGUGAAGAUAUUCAGUGCAGAGAUGGAUCUCAUUGGCCAGAUGGAUAGCUUUGGUCUGAACCUCGUUUUUCCCUCUAAAAUAUAUACUACAGCCGUGGCUUUUGACAAAGAGGGCCGCGUUAUAGUAACGGAUGUCUGUAGCCAAGCAGUAAUAUGCUUGGGGAAACGUGAGGAGUUUCCCAUCUUUAACCCUCUAAUUAGCCACGGGCUUUCGUAUCCCGUAGGACUGACUUACAUGGCAAACAAUUCCCUCGUCGUUCUAGACAGCGGUGAUCAUUCAAUAAAAAUAUAUAGCUCCACCUGAAUGGGUUUAGAUGCCGACUGCUGUAGGUUCAAGCCGCUUUUGGCCGUAAAGCAAGCAAAAUUCUGGCGUUAGUAGGUGUGUAGGGAGGAGGCAUUUUCUGGGCUUUUAAGUGAAAUUGCCCUCUUUGACUGACAUGCUGUGCUUCCUGCAAAACUUACAUCGAAUGUCUUGCCUACCCAUGGGAGAAGAACUGGCAGUUGCAGGCCGUAGUCAACAAUGAAUCAACUAAACAAAUAAUUUGGUGUUCUAAAACUACUCCAUACCUUGACAACCAAAUUUUUUUGGUACUUUUUGGCAAAUAACAUUUGGAGUGGAGUAAUCAAAGACCGGGACCUGGGAGAGAAAGUGAUGCAUCCUUGGUUUAUGUUUCCCAGCACCAAGUUUUCAUUAUUCUUCCCUAAGCAUAGCUACACUCAUGAAAGUGACAGAGUGGUUUCUGUUUCCAGGAUUUCUGUGCAAGAAGGGAGAUUGGCUUGACAAAAUGGUAGGAGAAAUGGAAGCUUCAGCUCAGAUCCAGCUAAGAUCGUCAUGAUGGAGGAGCUACCGCUGAUUAGUGAGUUAACGUGAAUUGAUGCUCAAAGCCUAUUUUUUCCAUACCAGGGAAACGCACUUCUGGGAUCGCUCUUCUCUGUACUAGCUUAUUCCCACCUUUAUCAGUGUUGUACUGGAGCACUUGGUCUUCCUGUAUAAUGCACAAGUCUGUGUCUUUACCUAGAGAUAAUUUGGUGUGUGGUUACCAGCAUGAGCAGCUUUCCCUAAAAAGCCCCUUGAAGUAUUUGCAUUUAGACCACAAAUACUUCUGCAUAUAUGCACUUGAGAUGGCUGUGCUGCUAGCACAGCUACGCUUGGGAGGUUGCCAAUGCUGCCUGUCUUGCCAUUAAUGUGGUAUUUUUGUGCCCCAAACUCCUAAGAUUCAGCUGAAAAUUGAAUGUUGGUGAGAAGUAAUAGAGAAAGGGGGACAUAAGCCUCAUUUUUUUCCUAGCUUCCAAAUGAGGUUUUUUGAUUGUGAAUAUACAGCAGGUUUACUCCAGUUUAUAUUUCCUUGAAAAGUUUCACUGUGGAGACCAGUUCUGUUGCCUUAUUGCAUGGUGAAAAUUAAUGUAUAUCUGAAUUAUUCUGAGAGGAUUUAACCUCUUUAUUUAUUAGAAGUCACUGCUGCAUUUUUAGACGUUUACCUGCUGCUAAAGUAAUCAUUUAGGCGGUUCACCAUUAAAAGGAAGUUAGAUACAAAGGUAAGCAUUAUCUGAGGUAGAGAAGAGUAGGUUAAAAUGGUAUAAAACUUUUGGGGUCAUUUCUUUGAUUUAGUCACUGAAAUAAUGAAUAUUAACUAUCAUAAUUUGAAAUUCACAGGCGAUUUUUCUGUCAGUAAAUUUUUAAUCUGGCUUUUGGUCUGACUUUAGGGCAUUUAAUAACUGGAUGUGUUGCUGCACCAGUGAUUUACCAAAUGCUUACUUUGAACUGGAGCAGUUUUAGCCCUGUAAUUCAGACAAGUUAUUAAUCUGUAUUAUGUUAACAUUUAUCUAAACAAAACAAAUUAUUAAAUGCAGCUGUUUGUAAAGGUUAAUUGAACAGUGACCUGCCACUAAACUGUGAUUUGCUUACUCCUAUAUUGAAUAAUUUAGUGAAAACUCAUGUCUUUUUAUCGUGGGCUUCUCUGUUACAAUCCAAUUUCUCUGUUCUAUUUGCCCUGUAAAUGGUUUCUUUUUUUAUUUGGAGAAAGCCUGCUAAAGUUGCUGUAGGGUCAUUUUUUACUAUUGAAAAAUGUAUGGACCUGCACAUGUGGUCUUUUCCAGCCUUCUCUACUGUGAGGCCACACAGUACGUGUGUAGCCUUUGGUAGGACCAGAAAUACUCCUUGGCUGUUCUGCAAGAGGAGGUGUAUGGCCCUGAGCAGGAGCCCUCUUGAGGGGUCAGGAAGGAAAUUUACUCAGAGAAGCAGCCCCCCUGGAUUAUAUAUUCCUUUCUAGGUGUCAAGGAGAAGUCUGUCUCUGAGGGAUAUAAAAACAACUAGGUAGUACUUCCUUCGGGGACCUGCUGUGUUUCACAAUGCAAUGCAAUACCAUCAAUGCUGUAUUCAUACAUAAUUAAUAGUUUAUCACAAUAGCACUUGUGGGACCUGGACCCUUCCUCUGAACCGUGGACUGUGAGCUUUCAUCUUCUCAAAACUCUGUGUGCACCAGGAGCUUGUUUUUGCUACUGAGCUCACGGAUGGGCAAAUUUUCUAGCGCCUACUGCCAUGUAGGCAACUUUCCAGCAGCUGAAAUGCUGAUUUUUAAGUAUUUGACUCAUGCUGUUUAAAAAUCCACAAAACCUCCCAUUGUUGCCCAUUCUGCUCCUAUCUCCUUUGGUAUGUGACUAGAAAGCACUUGAUGUUUGGGUUUGUAACCAAAAUAAACCCUGUGCCUUUAUUUUAUCUAGUUUGCUGUGUGCCAUCUCCUGCAGUCUCUGUUUUACCUACUGCAAAACACAUCUGGACUUUUUCUGUGAGUGAUGCAGCUGUUUUCCUUUUGCUGUAAGCUUGGUGCUUAGCAUUGUACAACACUGCAUCAAAGAAACCAUUACAUUCUGUCUUAAUUCAUUUGAUGCAGGUGCCUAAAUUGAGAAGCCAUAAAGAACUGUAUAAAACCACUAAUUAAAAAUCCUGAGUUCUUCAGCGUGUAAGGGAAAAUGCAGCAGUAAACCUGAAAUCUUUUUUUUGUCACACAAGGGAAUUGAAGAGGUAAUGGGAGACAGAGAUGCACCAAUAUGCUGAUAACAAACUAAAAAGCCUUUGACGUUUUUACUUACUCUCGCCUCUUCCUUUAUGCAUAUAUGCACAUUUCCCCUAUAGCUACUGUAGAUAUCCGUUGCCUUCAGGAUGAUACCUUAAUUCCAUCUGCUUUUCAAAGGCCCGGGGGACAUGUACUGCUCCUAUCCAUCUGUGAAUCUGUUGCAGCGUAGUCACAGAAUUCAGCAGAUCAAAAACUUGGGUUCUGAGAGAGGGAUGGCAAAGGGUAAGGGGCACCUACAACCAGGUUGGUGAUGCUUUUGGGGUCUGACUGGGUACCUCAAAAUGGGGAUAGCUAGAUGUGUGCUUACCCUUGGAAAAGAGCGCUGGCCAUUUCAUCUAGAAUGCAACAAGGCGACUCAGUCUAGUCACCUCAGUGAUGAGUACCGUUGCAUUUAUUAAAAAAAAAAAAACAAACCUAAACUAAAACGUUGCAUAACCCUCUGCAUGUCAAGCUUUAACAAUCUGGAUUAAACCCAAACAAACACAAUGGACAAUAUUCCCCUAAUGUCAUCUCUUCAGCCCCUGCUAUAGAUUGGUGCGUUCGUUGUGCACACACACACACUGCAGUUCCUAUUUGGUUUAUUUUUAAGCACUGAUCUCAGGUUGCUGUGAUUGCAUAUAAAUAUACCAGGGUAUGUUUACAGUGUUUAGGAGAAAAGGAGGCAGGGGAGUUUCAGAAAUGAGUAUUGAUAUUGUGUCCUGUAACAUACAUAUUUUUUGUUUUGCUUGUGAACAAAAUAAUUUUAGAUGAAGAAUAUAAUUGAUUUUUCAGAUUGAUGAAUAAAAAGAAGAAAGAAAUACAGAACAGGUAAAAUUUACUUAAUUGUGGCCAUAGUCCGUUCCGUCCAGUCACAUUGCUGUGCAGAUCAGUUUGAUGUUUAUAUUUUCACAAAGUGUGGAUGUAACACCACCAUGGCAUUUUUUUUAACGUGGACUGAUUUCAGGUGAAGAGGGGACCUCCUGUAAUGUCCAGCCCCCAAACCACCAGGAGUUUUAUAGAGCAGGGUCCAUCAAAAUGAUGGCCUUGAAUACAGGAGGCCUUUCCUUUCUGUAAGGGUUAACAGAGGUCAAAAAGCAGCUUUCUCCCCUGGGACCAUGGGUUAUGGUGCUGUUGCACACUGCACAGGAGGAAUUUGCCUUCAUUUCUUUCUCUACAAUGUUUGGGGUUUUUUUUCUGACUCUUCUCAGAGGCCCAUCCUUAUAGUUUACAAGUCACCUGGGAGUCACAGCUUGCCUCCACAGGAGUGCAAUCUAACUAAAGCAAAACCACACAGAUUUUGCAAAAUGAGUUCUAAACCUCACACUUCAUUCAGACGUCUUGGGAGAAGUGACAGAUCAUUCAGAAAGCAGCAAGCACCGGAGGCCUAGCCCCUGUGUUUAAAUUUACUGAUAAGAGGAUUUUCUCCCCUCCUUACCUUCAGUUCCCCUGUAAGUACACCAGAAGCCUCUGUAUAGAAUUCGCUGUCCUACUCUAGAAAGGUCUGGUGGGAAAUGACUCGUAAGAGAUUGCCUUUUGUAACCUUGUUGGGUCUCUCAUGCAAUUUCUCGAUUGGCCCUAUGCAGCCCCAGCAAUAGGUCUUUUGAGUUGCCAGCUCAUCUGAUGCAGCAGGCUUUCUUGCGUUUGGCCAGCUGCAUCCAAAAGUGCUUCCAUCUGAACAGAGGAUCUUCCAGGUGGAAUGUGUAGCUCCCAGCAACAGGGGGGGCUUUCUCCCAACCUCGCCUACUUGUUUUAACUUGAUGUGAAGGCUGCAGAGCCAGCACGGAGGCUCAAGUGAGGCUCUGGAAACAAAGUAGAGAUUACAAUCUGAAAUAGGUCUGUACAGAGUUUGAAAUUGACGAAAGAAUUCAAAAUUUAUCAUGUCACAUACGCAGUCACUGACUGUAAAGAGGAACAGACCAGGCAGACCUGAAAUAAUGCCCAACCAUUGCCGGCAGAAGGUUGGCUCAGCCCCACUGGAGGUGAGCUGAGAACAUGUACUGUCUGCUUGAUUCCUCUUCAGUAAACCCUUUAUACUACUGAAUGCAACGGAGAAGUACUAUCAUUACCUGUAUAUAAAAAUUCCAAAUGUACAAAAUAUGUGAAAUCUUUAAACUUAAAAUACAUUAAACCAAAGACCCACCCAGCAUUUUUCCCUUUGCUGUGUACUGCUGUGGGUCAUACACCAGUCCAGGGGGAAGGCCUGGAGAAGAGAAGGCUGUGGGGAGACCUGAU